AUGGCUCCCUUCCAGGAUGAUGCCGCCACAAAGCUUGUGAAUUCGAUGAAAGCCAUUGUGCAAACAGUGAAAAAACAAAUGACAACGGCGCCGCAUGGUCAACUGGCGUCCUGCGUGGUUACUGAACCACUUCGGAAACAAGUCCAAAAACUGCCCUCAAUCACAGGCCUCAAUCCCCGCAACUAUGGCGAGAUUGAUCGUAUCGGUACAGACCUAUGGAACGCCUGCAGGCUUACCCUGUGCUCUCGUGCUAAUGAUAAACGGGAACAUGUGGUCCUCAGCCGAGUGAGCGCGUUCGCCUUCUUCCUGAUUGAUUUCGGAACUCCAAAAACGGCCUCCGGGCAUGUUAGAGUUCUCCGAGCAGCAUUUACCGCAGCUCGCUUCUCUAUCGAGAAUGCAGAACUUGAGCUGGCACUGAGCAUUAUGGCAGUUGCUGCACAAAGACUCGAAGGCUUGAAAGCCUCGACUCCUCCUAUUGACCUGGAGAUCUUCCAAUCCUUUGUUGCAGAAAACUUCACUUACCGGAUGCAACUGGAGUAUUUGAAAGGUCGACCAGAGUUCGCUGAGCAUCUCUUCAGUAAGGUGCCCAAAACAUACUCUAUCAACAAUGGUGAACUUGUGGUUCAAGUUCUCUACAACAUUGGAUGUCAUGCAAUUGCGUCAUCCCAGAAUGGUGUUGCUAUCAAGUGGCUGGAAAGAGCGGUCACUCGUGUCGACGAGUGUAAUGAGCACUCAAAACAUGAAAGAAGUGGCAUCGAGCACUUAGAGCUGCUAGUUAGGCAUUCUCUUGUCCGAUCUUACUUGUCCAUGGAAACAUCUGAGACGAAGGAGAAAAUGAAAGCACAGCUCAAGGUUCUCAAAGAGAAAUACGGAGGCAAUCCAGCCGUCAUAUUCCUUCAGUUGGAGAUCCUUCGCCCCAAGGAUGAGGAAGAAACAGCCGAUGCCAUGGGCUAUCUAAAAUACGGAGGAGAUCUCAACGAGGAUCAUGCACUGCAAACCUUUCAACUCUUGCUGAAGCAUGUACCACUCAUUCGAACUGAUUGGGUCGAGCGCAGCUUCAUCGCACUUGUGUCCCAAGCUCUUUCAACUUCUCUACCAGAGGAAACCAAAAUCGAAGUAAUAUGCGAUACGGCACAGAUCUUAAAUUCACGAGGGUUUGAGAUGAUGAGUGAACCAGCCACUCAUGCGGUCCUCGCAUUCAUCUGGAAACAUAUCAGCACCGGAUUUGAGACCAAUUCCUCCGUGGCACAGAAAUGGUGUCUUACCGCACUGAACACUAAACUUUUUGAAGCCUGUUCUUCCGCAAACCGGAUUCAAAUCCAGAAAAAGUUCGUGAAUUUUAGUCUAGACGGCUUCGACACGCCCUCGGCUAGAGAGAUGUUGCAGCUUAUACAUUUGCAUAACAUCGUUGAUUCAGAGGGCGAAUUCAAGAACGAUUUCCAGGUUCUGUUUCUAAUGUGGAGACUUGCGUUGCAGGAGUGCAAGGAUGACAACCCAAAAGAUUGUAUCUGCCAACAAAUCCUCCAAAAGUCCCCGCCGUUGGGUCAUGCACAAAGACUACAAUUCAUCCAAGUUUGCACCCUAGAGGCACAGCGCGGGAAGAAUUCUACAGAAGUGAUGAAGUGCCUUCAUGAGUUUACUGAAGAGGUGGCUCGGGAGGAGAACGAGAAUCGUCAAUUGCCUCUUGAUCGAAUGUUACAGAGGGAAGACAUACUAUUCCUUAUUCAUGUGUUGUCAAUUGAAGUGGACAAUGGAAAUCUCGCCGCAUCUGUUGUAACAUCGUUGGCUCAUCACAUCGCAAAUGCGAUCUACCAAAUUCUACAUGAGCCUAAGAAUGAUUACACACCAAUGGAACAAGAAUGGGUUUUGCAAAAGUGCUAUGCCUUAAUCUGCAUCUUGCUGGAGAAUUCCAAACUCGACAUGAUAGAAUCACUCAUGCACACCUUGAGAGAGCUCAUCAUUUUCCUGCAACCCGAAGAAACAGACCAACCAAGAACAGGGGAGACUAUGGUGGUGGAUGAGAUAGGCUCACGCUAUCUUCUCCUUGUUCUGAUCUUGAAUGUAUGCCGUGCUCGAAGCACAAAGCUCGAUGAAGUAGCCAAAUCCUGCCACUACGAAAAAGUCCGAAUCGGCUUGCUUGAGCUGAGAAACAGUCGCAUUUUCCCCGAGCUAGACGGUUCUCUUGAAAGCCUCUUGUGGGGCCUCUGCUUUGAAGCCUGCAUUCAUGGAAAGGAAUGGAACAUGGCUUUAUGGGCCUUCCACAACUCCAGCCAAUGUGAUCGUGGAAAGCUAAGUGCUCAGUACUUGGAGACCAUUCUAUCCAAGGAAAUGCCUUCCAAGUACAAGAUCUGGCUUGUCCGGGAAAUCCUCCGCCAAAACUACGGCAAAGAUGAUAUUGACUCGCUACUCCUGACACCCACCCGGGCCAAUAUUCCUCACCACCUGCACGUUCUGUUUCAUCUUUGCAUCACAGCCCAGAACCAUGAAGACACGAUCCCCUGGGAACUGGAGUUUUAUGAUGACGACUGCCUCUACAACGUCUGGGGCAAGGACGGCGAAGUACAGAUGACCUACUACCAGAUUGCGGAGUCGAUCCUCGAUCUAGUAAAUGCCGGUGCUUGCGAUCAAGAAUACUUGCUGAGCCCUGAACACUUGCAGAUGCACUACAACAAGGAUCCUGAGACGGGCGAGAUGUCUCAGUCUCCGUGCGAGCAUUCCCCGUACCCCACCGAGGAGCUUGCAAAGCUUGCAAGUUUGGCCUUCAACCAGGCGAUGGACUUCUAUGCGGAUGGUAGGGAUGGAUUUUGCAAGUCAUGGGCGAAGAAGUCUAUUCAUAUGGCUUCGAUGAUGGGGGAUGACGCUGGCGAUGAACUGGUUGCGUUGUUCGAGGAGAGAUUGAAAGGAUUGUUUUAG